AUGAACUACCGCGAGAACUUCCCUCUGAAGGACCUGGUGGCCAAGAACGGCAAUGAGAAGAUCAUGUUCACUCCAUGCAGUCAACAAAACAAGGACAAGGAGGACAGAAAGAAGCGUCCCUGGAUCUACGUCCAGAAGAGACGUCUUUUGCUGACCAAUGUCACAUCACUAGAGCUGAGUCGCUUCUCCGAUGGCUUUGUUGUCAUCAAGACCAUGACCGAGCACGACCAGAUCUUUGAGUGUCGCAGAAAGACAGAGUUCAUCGGCACGCUCAUGAAGGCGUUCAAGACAGUCCGCGUCAACUACAGCAACACUAUCGGUGUGGCCAUCAAGGCCUCCAAGCAAGGAGGCAAGGGCAAGGAGCGUAACAUCAACUUUGAGAAGGGUACCAAGCCAGACACAGUCUUCAAGGGAUCCAAGGUGCUGGCACCAAACGACGGUCUGCCCGCUGAAACCGCACCCAACCUCAUUGCACCCGAGUCGCUGCCAGUCGUCUCGAUUCCAAUGUACCGUCCGGCGAUGAACGCCAAGGUGGCUGCCAACAGCCACAGCGUGGGUGCCGCCCAUCCAACGGCCAAGGCCCUCUAUGACUUUGAUGCCGAGUCUCCACUGGAGCUUACCUUCAAGGAGGGUGACAUCCUCACCGUCAUCGACCAGUCCAACGGUGACUGGUGGGACGCCGAGCUGCGUGGACGCAAGGGCAAGGUGCCAUCAAACUACCUGCAGAUCACCAAGGCAACACCACCUGUCCGCUCGCCACCAGGUCCAGCUAGAGGUGCUCUUCCACAGCCAGGAACAGGUGGUCCCACAAGAGGUGGAGCUCCAACUAGAGGUGGUGCCCCAACCAGAGGUGCACUCCCAGCUAGAGGAGGCAUGCCAGCAAGGGGAGGCGCAGUGGCCACUCGCGGUGGAAUAACAAGAUAA